GCAAUCUUGGAAGGGGAAUUAUGAGUUGGGAAGCACAGAAGGGGCCAACCUAAGCUCCUCUCUGAAGAGACCAACAAAAGCACAUUCAUCAGAAGCCAAAUUGGAGCCCAGGAGGAGACCACAGAAGCCUGGGCUCAGGGGCCCAGGUUAGAGGAAAGAAAAGAGACUUUUCUUCUAGCCAAGAUGAAAGGCAUGCAGGCCAGUCAGGAAACUUCAGUGGCUCUGCAGAGUGAACUCUAUGAGCAGGAAGAUAAAAUGGAGAAUCAAGCACAAAGAAAAGACACCCAAGACAGUCUCCCAAUGACACAGCGAUCUUCAGUACAUUUUUUUUCGACAAUGAAUUCAGAUAUUACACUGCCAUUGUCACGGUCAUUAUCCUAUGAAAUGCUUCUUGAUUACAAUCCGUCUAGCCCUCAGUUUAGUGGAAUAACUAUAUCAACAAUUGGGCAGAAGACUCCUAAAACUACAGGAGUGGGCCUUUCCAGAUCGGAAAACAGCUUGGGAGUCAACAGCUCCAUAAUGACAAAGAGACAGGCUCUGCUCCUUGCUCCUGAGAUACCAGUAACUGGGGAAGGAGAAGAUUAUUUCCUAUCUUUGUUUGGUGAUUCAAAGAAACUUCUUCCACAUUCAUUCCAUGCUGAGAAAGCCUGGAAGCACUUUUCUAUGAUUCUUGAAGAAGUGGGCCAAUCUAGAUCCAGUGCUCUAGGAGACAUUAAAAUAGCUGAAGUAAAUGUCAAGGGUUUAUUUGUGAAACUCAUUAACUCUUCCCUUGACAAAGAACUGGAGAUUGGAGGUCAUAUUCUCCAGCAAAAUAUGAAUGGACAAACAGUCUCUUUGUACCGCUUCCCUCCGAAUAUCAUAAUGCAGGCCAAUUGCACAAUAACAGUGUGGGCAGCUGCAUCUGAAGCAAAGCAUCAGCCACCAUCAGAUUUUCUUUGGAGAGAACAAAACAAGUUUAGAACAAGCCCAAAUUGUACAACGAUUCUGUGCAAACCUAAUGGUGAAGCUGUUGCCUGGUACACUCCUAUUCACUGGAAGCAAGCGUGGGAGAAAUUAGAGACUGACAUUGAAUUUGACAGACGCUCAGUAGUAAGUACAACGUCUCGAAGACACAUGUUUAAUUGGCCAGCAGCUAUAACUACAACUAAAGAAAAACAAGAUAAAUGUAAUAAAGAUAUCUCAAAAUAUCAGAUGGAACGAGUCAGAGUUUUUCUCAAAAGAGAAAAAGAAACCCCACCAAACCCUUUGCCCAAUAGCAGCCCUUGGUGCCACAGUCCCAGUGUCCCUGCACAUCCCUACAGUACUCUGAUUGAAACUUGCAAUACGUGCAUGACUGAAAGCAGCUUAGAUAGACAGCCGAGGCCUCAGUCAUCCAGGCCUGAUCCAGCCCAGAAGAAUUGAAGGAACACUGAACAAAAGAAAGAGGAAGAGAACAUUGGCAACUAUGCAAAGCAUUUUCUACCA